UUCACUUCCAAUCCGGGCUCUGCUCCUUGCUCACACACACAGACACGCGCACGGACACACAUAGGCUACUGGUUGCGGAGCACAUCAACCGGACAACAAAGGGUAGCAACACGCAGGGGGGGCUCACUGCAGCCAGGACAGGAUUACAGCAUUCAGUGCCAGCGACAAGCUUACUGAACUCUUUUCCUUUUCUACUCGGAAAUAAAGCGUCAGUCAGACUGGAGGUGACCGUCAAAGAAGCGUUAAUCGCUCGCGUGGACAGUACGGCCGUACUUGUGAGCCUCGGCAGCGAGAUGGAGAUGGAGCAUUUCGACGACCGGGACAAAGGUCAGAGACACGGCCGGUCCAGUGCGAAGAUGAACGGGGUGCCGAGUCCCACGCACAGCGCCCAUUGCAGCCUGUAUCGAACCCGGACCCUGAAGACUCUGACGGAGGAGAAACGUGCCAAGAAAGUCCGUUUCUACCGCAACGGAGACCGGUACUUCAAUGGGAUAGUGUACGCCAUCUCCUCAGACAGGUUCAGGACCUUUGACGCCCUGCUGGCGGACCUGACCCGCUCCCUGUCCGACAAUGUCAACCUGCCCCAAGGCGUCCGGACCAUCUACACUCUGGAUGGCACGAAGAAGAUCAUGACUAUAGAACAGCUGGUAGAGGGUGAGAGCUACGUUUGCAGCUCUAUUGAAGCCUACAAAAAGUUGGAUUACGCGAAAAACGUGAACCCAAACUGGUCAGUGAACGUCAAGGCCUCAGCGGCCGCCUCUCGUGGGCCUCCUUCCCUUGGCAGCACCAUGGCCGGUGCUCCAGAGAGCCGCGAAAUCAAAGACUUCAUCCGUCCAAAGCUUGUGACUGUGGUGCGAAGCGGAGUGAAGCCCCGCAAAGCUGUGAGGAUCCUGCUGAACAAGAAAACGGCCCAUUCCUACGAGCAAGUCCUGACCGACAUCACCGACGCCAUCAAGCUCGACUCUGGAGUGGUGAAGAAGAUCUACACACUGGAGGGCAAAUUGGUUUCAUGUCUGCAUGACUUCUUUGGCGAUGAGGACAUUUUUGUGGCGUGUGGACCAGAAAAAUUUCGCUACCAGGAUGACUUGAUGUUGGAUGAAAGUGAGUGCCGCGUAGUGAGGUCUGUAAACUACGGGAAGAUGUCUGGCUCCCUAACCCGAAGUUCUCCAAGGACCAUUAUCCAAUCACAACGCAGCAAGUCCCCUGCAUCUGUGAACGGGACACCGGCCAGUCAGCUCUCCACUCCUCAUUCGGGAAAAUCUCCCAGCCCUUCCCCGACCAGCCCGGGCAGCCUCAGCCAACGCCGGGGGUCCCAGGGUUCUUCCUCCUCUUUGUCUUCCACUAAAGUCUCCAGCUCAGUGGAAGAUGGGGAUGGAGUCGUCAAUGAAGGUGAGAAGAAAUCUGAGGUUGUGGAUGAGGUUCCAGCUGUGCCGUCCUACAUAUCAGACCGCUACAAGGUGGGACGCAUGUUGGGCGAUGGCAACUUUGCAGUCGUCCGGGAAUGCGUAGAGCACACCACAGGGCGGGAAUACGCUCUGAAGAUCAUCAACAAGGGGAAAUGUAGAGGCAAGGAGCACAUGAUCCAGAACGAGGUAGCCAUCCUUCGAAGAGUCAAACAUCCAAAUAUUGUCCUGCUCAUUGAGGAGAUGGAUACUUAUAAUGAGCUCUAUCUGGUGAUGGAGCUGGUCAAGGGUGGAGAUCUGUUCGAUGCCAUCACCUCUGCCAACAGAUACACGGAGAGAGAUGCCAGUGGCAUGCUCUACAAUCUAGCCAAUGCCAUCAAAUACCUCCACAGCCUCAACAUUGUGCACAGAGACAUCAAACCAGAAAACCUGCUGGUCUAUGAGCAUGCAGAUGGCAGCAAAAGCCUGAAACUGGGAGACUUUGGUUUGGCAACUGUAGUAGACGGACCCCUUUACACGGUCUGUGGGACCCCGACUUAUGUAGCACCUGAAAUCAUCGCAGAAACAGGGUACGGCCUUAAGGUUGACAUCUGGGCAGCUGGAGUCAUCACUUACAUCCUGCUGUGCGGUUUUCCACCUUUCAGAGGGAGCAAUGACGAUCAAGAAGUGCUUUUUGAUCAGAUCCUAAUGGGACAGCUAGAAUUUCCUCUACCAUACUGGGACAACGUUUCAGAGACAGCUAUGGAGCUGAUUCGGUCCAUGCUGGAGGUGGAGGUAGAUCAGAGAUACUCUGCUCUCCAGGUCCUAGAGCACCCUUGGGUCACUGAUGAGGGUCUAUGUGAGAAUGAUCAUCAGCUGUCUGUAGCAGGGAAGAUAAAGAAGCACUUCAACACCAGCCCGAAGGUCAAUGACACCACUGCAGGAGUGUCAGUCAUUUCUUUGGAUGACAGCUUUUCUAUGCAGAGAUCUGGGUCGUUGGAUUUCUACCAGCACCCGGCCAUGUACUGGAUAAGGCCACCCCUUUUGAUAAGGAGGGGCAGGUUCUCAGACGAGGACGCCACCCGGAUGUGAAGCCCCUGCCGUUACAGACGAUGGCAAGGGUGACAACAGUAACAACAUCAACUAUAACACUGCGUGCGGAGCCUCCUAGCUGUCUCCCUGGCCUUUCCCCUCU